AAGCAUCCUUCAAUCUCCUGGAAAGACCUUAAAUGACUUUUCUAUCUCUGCUUGGCUUCCUCUCAUACCUCUUUUAUAUCUUUCCUUCUUAGUUUUUUCACCUUCUCUUCCUCUCCUGACACCUUUUAAUUCUCUUGACUAUUUCUGUCCCCUUAUCUCCUUUUCUUCCUCCUCGUCUUUUCCUGUCUGCCUCCUCCGGGCGAAAGGAGCCUCUUUCUGCUGCAUGUUUUUGCACGAACAGCUCACCCAUGCCCUCACAAAUCCCGCAGUAUUCACUUCCUCUUGCGAUCAGUGGAGUAAACAAUGAAACUGAAGACGGAAGAACACCCAUUUCAGAACCAGGAGCAGAAACGUGGUGGUCCUAAAUACAGGACACAGGAAUAUUAGCCUGGCAACAUGACUGGCUGUGAGGGCCUGAACAGAUGAGCUGCUUCAAUGGCGUGGGCCGAACCACAGCUCCAUCCAGAUCCACAGCCGCUACCAAAACACACACGGUGCACUCUUCUGUUUUACUCGUCUUUACUCCUGUUCUCGAUCGGCUCCUUUGCUGAUGCUGGUCCAGCAGAGCCUGCCCGUCUUCCUCUCCUGUCUGGACAGCCUUUCAUUAUCUUCUGGGGUGUCCCUGACUCUUCCUGUGCCGGUCGCCUAAACCCUACGUCCUUUGGCAUGGAACGGGAGGGUCGAGUGGCCGUCUUUUACGAGGAUUCGCUGGGUAACUACCCAUAUUUUCUGGACAAAAACACACCAAUCAACGGAGGGAUUCCACAGUACACUCGACUGGAUGGGCAUGUGCAGAAGACGAAGCAAGACUUGGAGACGGCUUUGCCUGCGCCCCGGUACCUCGGUCUGGGGGUCCUCCGUUGGGCAGAAUGGGUCCCCCAGUGGUCAAGAAACCAAGAGAAACAAGCAAUGUACCUGGAGGCUUCCAGGAAACUGCUCCGGAGUUUCUUCCCUAAAUGGACCCCAGAGGAAGUGGAGAAGUGGUCACGGGUGGACUUUGAGGCAGCGGCUCAGUCAGUCAUGGUGGAGACUCUGCGGGAGGUUAAACGAUUGCGGCCCAAGGCAUUGUGGGGUUUCUCCCCUUACCCUAGCUGCUAUAACAGUGACCCCGCCCAGACGCAGUUAGGCAAUUACAGCGGCCAGUGCCCCCCUGCAGAGAUGGCCCUCAACGAUGAGCUUCUGUGGCUGUGGAAGAGAAGCUCUGCGCUCUUCCCCCUCCUGACCCUGGAGAAGCGGCAGGGUGGGACAGUGGCAGCCAGGUCCUUCCUGUCAAGUCAAAUAAAAGAAGCACUACGAGUAGCAUCGGUGGCUGGAGCAGAGUUUGACCUGCCUGUUUUUCCUUUGGUAAAGAGCGUGUAUGUUUCAAGUAAAACUUUCCUAUCACAGGCUGACCUCAUCAACACUAUAGGAGAAUGUGCUGCCAUGGGAACAGCAGGAGUUGUCAUCUGGAAUAGAAGUGAGAUGAAAACAGAGAGAGAGUGCCAAGACCUGGCCGUGUUUGUCCGUAAAGUCCUGGGCCCUUACGCCGUCAACGUUACCACUGCGACUCAGUCCUGUUCCUCCUCCCUCUGUCAGGGGAAGGGUCGCUGUGUCCGUCAAAACCCAGACAGCUCCGCCUACCUCCACCUGCCGUCCCAACCCAGUGCUGCAGACAAGUCAACAGAAAAGGCAGAGGGAGCAGAAGCCACCCAACAGCCAGAUGCAGAGACUAAAGCGGCUGAACCAGAUCCAGCUGAGAUCUGGAAAAAGGACUUCCAGUGCCAGUGGUACAAGAGUGCAGAUGGGGAAAUCUCUGAACGGCAGCCCCCCAAGGAUGGCGUGUCUGUUGGAGGAAAAGCUGAAGGAAACACUGGGAACGCGGCGGAGACCAGGACAGCUUCCACAACAAAAAGUGCCUCUGAGAGUUUGUUUAGAGGAAGUGAUUUUGCUGGUACUGGAAGUCAAACAGUUUCAGUAGAAACACAGACAGGCAGUGGUACGAACCUACUAGCUGCCCCGACCUUUCAAACGCUGCUUCUGCUGCUGGGGGCUGGAUGCUUAUGCCUGUGACCUUAAAAUAAAAACUAACCCGGUCUUCAUCAAAGAAGGUCUGUGGUGUAAAAACUGCAAGUACAAAUCUCAACAAAGUGCCUUUUAAAAUGUCUUGUCUCUGACAGCUGUAGGAUUGCUGCUUUGUAGCUAAAUUACUCACUUUAUUUUUAACAAGAGGAAUUCAAACUAUAUUUAGAGCAGAUGUCGCUGAAUGUGCCAAGACACGGUGGUACAGAGAAGGAAACAGCUGUUGUGUGGGCUGGUUAUCGAACGCAAAGGUUUAUGUACCGUGGCAGAACUUUAGAAAACAGAACCCACACCUCCAUCUCCUCACAUUUACAUUCUUGUUGAUCUUUGUACGUCGGGUUGUGUGUGAUCUCCUCUUCUCCAUUUCUAAGUCAUCUAAAAAGACAUUUCACGAGUUGAAGGUCAAUGAUAGAAAUUAUUUUAAAAGGUUAUUGCUUUUCCACUCCUCAAAGCCUGGCACCACCAAAUCAUGUGAAUGAUUUUGAAAUCCACCAAGGAUUCAGGAUUGUUGACCCAGCUCUG